GAGAUGCAUCUUUCCUUCUGUAGGUUUUGAGUCAACAGCUGUGAGUCAUCUUGGUAAUAUCGGGUUGGAUGCCUAAAGCUGUGGGAAAAAGGAUCAGGAGAACUUUCAGGGUGAUAUCAAACAUGACAACUGGAAUGCUGAAUCCUCAAAUUAAGGAGAGAGAGUGAGAGAAAGAAAAGCCACAUGGAGAUUCUAGGUAGUGAUGAGUUGCUUUAUUCCUGGUCCAUUCCCUACUUCAUCUUCAUUCCCAGAGAGAGCAGUAUAGGGGAAGAAACUAUCCAACAAUUCAGAUAUGGCAGAAAUGAAGUCGAUGUUCCGGGAAGUUCUUCCAAAACAAGGGCAGUUGUCUGUAGAAGAUAUAACCACGAUGGUGCUGUGUAAACCCAAACUUUUACCCCUAAAAUCUCUGACUCUGGAAAAACUGGAGAAAAUGCAGCAAGCAGCACAGGAUACAAUUCGCCAACAGGAAAUGGCAGAAAAGGAACAACCGCAAAUAAGUCACUGAAUGAUAACUUAGCACUUCUGCAGAACACCCUACACCUUCCUUAUUAUUAACAAUAGCUAGAAAAUAACCUGCAUCUGUAUGCUGAAAGCAGUAUGUAUUAAUAAAACAGAUUUUAUUCCCAUAACAUAAAAAUAAUCAAGAUUAAUAAAACUUGGGAUUGUGAAUUUAAACACUCUGGUUUGUACUGAACAGAAGCAAUUUUAAAACUCUGAACCCAGAUUUUGGUUUUUUUUUAACCCAAGUUUUUAGAACAAAUUAUUGUUCACCAUUCCUGUUACUAUCAUUUUUCUAGAUAACAUUCUUAGGCACAAGUGAGUAAAUGCACAGAGAAGCCUGUAAAUGCUUAUUAAAAACUGAAUUUGAAGAAUUUUGUGUCAUGACACAUUUAAGGCUAUCUUGCCUGACCAACUGAUCCUACUAGUAAUGACAAAACUGUAUUUUU